CUUUCAAUUUAUUUCAUAAUGUUGCGUUAGAAAAAUCGGUGCAACUACCUCAUCCCGGUCAUCAGUCAUGUAUUCCAACAAUGCCUAUAUUUAUAAACUGUGUAGUUAAACUUGGUACAUAAAUCUGGACGAGAAAGGGACGGAAAUAUAGGAAGUGUCGCACGUGCUGAAAGCGACGACGGCGACCGAAACAAAAAGAAAACCAAUGUGGUAGAAAAUGUUGUGGAAUGACGGCAACGUCACUCCCAGUCAAGAUGGCUGCAUGUCUCCCGCAAGACGGAGACACUACAGAUGAGGAAAAAAUCACGCGCUGUCCGACGUCACAUACUCAUAAACAUCCCAUAGGUGGUACUCAAGGGGAAGACGUAGCCUUGAGUGCCACCUCGAUCGACAUCAACUUCGAGGGCGACAAGGCUUAUGAUGAAGUAGCCAAGUAUGAUGAGGAGGAUUUAAGGAAUUUGCUGGAAGAAGUAACAAAUGUCGGUAGAAACAAGGCAAGCAUAUCACCUUAUGCAUUGUUAUUAAUUCGUAAGGAGCAAGAUGCCCUUAGGGAGGAAUCUUCCAGUGAUGACGGCGAGUUAGCUCUUCGUCAGCGAAACAAAAAGCUUAUUGGACGUAGGGACCAGUCUACCACCAGUGACCAAUCUGCUGCUGCUAGAGCCAGCACUGGCGGUUCUUUAGGUUCAUUACAUGAUAGUGGUGAACCUAAACCUAAAGAAGGGCACAAUCAAGGUGUUGCAUCACGCAGCCGAGAGGGUGGUUCCUGUGGUAAUCUCUCCCGAGGCUCAUUUGAAACACAACCGCCAAGGAAGCGGAAGUUACGUCGAUCAAGAGAUGUUGCUCGUGCCAGCACAAGCCAACGGGAAGGUGGCUCUUUACAGAACCUAAGUAAAACUGAAGGUACUUCCAACCAUCCCAAGAAUCUUCAUAAGAGUGGGAGUCUAUCACAAGUAUGCUCAGAAGUCACUGGUGCACGCAAUAAGAAUCGCAGACAAAAAACCUCAAGCGAGAGUUCUUCUUCCCGUUAUCCACGCCGUUCUGAAGACCGUGAAGGGGGAGGAGAAAGCUCUGGGGACGAAAAUCCUUAUCACUGCCCUUUACCUUCUCCUCACUCAACGCUUUCCACACAUUCAGCAGAACACUCUUUCCCUCCUGAAGGUGUUGGUGGGGCAUCUGGACUAGGCACUGAUUGGAACAAUGAUUUAGAUGAUUCUCAGUCAGAAGAUGCUACUGAGGGUGAAACAACAGACGAGGAAAAUGAGAAUAAGGAGUAUUCUAGAGGCCUUGGACUUGGAAGCUUGGGCCGCAAUUGUUCCAAUGAACCUAUAGAAGAGGAUGGCAUUGAACUCCAAGAGGUGACUGUGCAUAAAAGUUCAACAGAUGUAGAUAGAGGCAUCAAUUUUAAUCUUAAUAGGUCUCAGGAGGAUAAUAUGCAUGGUAGCUGUGGUCAUCGUACUCUACCUCUUCAAGAUUCUCAGUGUGUAAGCUCCAUUUUUAAGGAAGAAAAAUCUAAAGGCCGGAUGAGCUCUUUACGAUUACUAAUUGCAGGGUCUGAUCAUGAUGAAGUCCUAGGAAAGAGGAAGCUUUUGACAAGUCGAAGUGAUAGUGCCAACAGUGAGAAUAAAUCUUCCUUGGAUGAGAAUGGCAAUCCAAUAAUGGGUACCAGUAGCUCAUCGUCCCUUUUAACCUCUGCCAAUUCCGAACGGCCAUUUGGAUCCACCCAUCCAGUCCCAAGGAGAAAUGGCCUUAGUGCUCCUCAUAAGGAAAUCAGUCGAUUUGAUCGUCUCAAAGCAAAGAGUGAUAAGAAAAAGGCUAAUAAGGAAAAGGGAGUAGUGAAUAUCAAGGAAACUCCUGGAUUCUGUGGGGACCAGGACUUGCAUGACAUUCUCAAGUUUUUGGGUGCUGAGAAUGAAACAUCAACCAAAAGUCGAAAGAAGCAUAAGAAUCGUGAGGAUGAGAAAGUCAAGAAGCGGAGCAAGAACAAUGAGAAACUUGAAGAUGAAAAGUUGAAAUCUGAAGAGGUGAAUUCAAAAAUUAAUGACGAUGUCAGUAUAGCAGGAAAUGAAAGUAAUAAGAAAAGUAAAGAGAAAGAAGAGGAGAGAAAGGCCAAUAAUAAUAAGAAAAAUAAAAGUGACAGUGGAAAGAGUAAAAAGAAAGGCGGUAAUUUACGUGAGUCAAGCAGCGUAGAAGACUUGGUCUCCAAGAGUAAACAGAGUGAUAAUGUCCGUGAUAUUCGUAAACAAGUUACAGUUGAUGAUGGGGAUAUGGGUUUGGGUGUUUUGCAUACAUAUCACACCAGUAAGAAAGUAGAUCAGCUCAAUAAUUUUAUUGUUGAUGGCAAAUACCUUAAGGAGUCUAAUCCUGUGGACAUUCAAAAUGACAAUGAGAGUGGCGUAAACCCAACAUCAGAAUUUGUAGCUGAUUUUUAUAGUGCCGGUGAUUCCUUCUUAACAGCUGAUUUAUCUCAAACUCCUUCUUCACCAUCAGGUGAUUUUGAAAUAGUUAGUAGUAAGAAGCGUAAUAAGAAAUACAGAUCUGGAUCACAGACAGCUUCUCAAAGUUCUAAGAGUGGGGGAUCUGAUAGAUGGAGUGCUGGGAGUAACAGUGGUAGUGUUUACAGUGAAGAUAACUUCCGUGGAAAUAGGUUUUGUCCAAACAAAGUUAGUGCAAGAUCUAAUGCGUGUUAUGAAAAGCCACAAAUCAAUUUUACUGAAGGACCUCGUACUGUACAUGAAAAUACGUUCCUAGCUCGUUGGUCUCAAUAUGGAGUCGGUGAGAGACAUGGUGGAGACCGGUAUGGAGCUACAACUAGUGCCCCCCACAGUGAGGACUCUGAAUCUGAUGGGGAUGAUUCCGUUCACUCUAUGCCAGAACCCUCCAUCACUCCUCGUCCUGAUGUCCGUAAACCACCGCCCUCCUCUGGUUCUACACCACAAGCCUCGUAUGCAAAUAUAGCCAAGCUGGCUGCUUCAGCUAAUCAUGCACAGAUGAAGCGUAUGUCAGCUUCUUCUGGUAGUCAAAGUGCAACUGGUCUCAUGAAGGAACUGGAGAAAGACCCCAGUAAUGACACUGAACAGCCAGACUCAAAGUCAACUGUAAGUGAAUCUCGUCCUAAUAUUUUAGAUGACAAUUUCCCCUCUCUAACUGAAAGUUUAGGGGCUUCUAGCCCACCUAGUGCAAUAUUCACUUCCAAAGUAAGUGAAUUGAGGACCAACCCCACGUGUGAAAGUGCAGUGAUACCUCCGAAAGUCAGUAAUGUACAAUUGCAAACACUAGAUAAGCCAAAAGAUAUUAUGUCAGGUGUCUGUGAUGGUAAAUCAGGUUCCCAAGAAAAUAUAGAGCCGGUACCUGCUGCUGUCACUAGUCAGGAGGGCCCAGCAAAGUCUCCUGUUGUUUGCCCUUCAAGUACCUCUCCUCCUCUUUCACAUUCAUCUCAUCAGUACCCUCAGCAUCAAGUACGCUAUCAGCCAUAUCAGUCACAUCAGCCUUCCCCUCCACCGCCCCAACACACACAAUCAUUUCAGCCCCGCACGCAUUAUCAGAAUCAUAAACACAGUCAACACCAAAAUACUCAGUAUAGUUCUUCUCAUAAUGCGCCCCCAUUAUACUAUCAAUAUCAGCGAUAUAAUCCCUUCAAUCGUAAGGAUGAUGAACCGCCACCUAAUCGUUUCCCUCCUCCAUUAAGACCUCCCAAUUCAAAUCAUCUCAAUGUAGUGCCCCCUUAUCCUCCUCCUAUCCAGCCUACACCACCACAUUGUAAGCAACCACAGUUCUCACAGCCACCACCACCACCACCACCUCAUAUACAACAAAACCCUCAAUCACAACGAAAUCCUCAGCCUGCUCAUACCACACAACUCCAGAACCAGAACUUCCAAGAAAAGCCACCACCCCCACAGCAACACAACUUGAGUACACAACAGUAUCCCCCACUUCAGAGUCCAUACUCCCAGAACUCUCAGGUGCCAAAACCUCCACAUAUGCAGUCAAACACACACAUUCAGAGAAGCCCACAACCACAUUCCCAGCCCAAUUUGAAUCAACAACAGAAUCCAAACCCACUGCAGAAUCCUCCUCCUCCUAUCAAAAAUGCAAUCCAGCAACAGAACCAUCAUGCACAGCCAAAUAUACAGUUCAAUUCUCAUGGCCAGCCAAAUCAGCAUGUAGAUCAGACUUACAUGCAUAAAGUCCAUAGCCCUCAUGAAAAUACACAGCCUCAGCCAGUUCCUUCUUCACAACGACAGAUCCCAAAUCUUGAACAAAGUACUUCUCCUCAGCCACAAACCCAGAAACAUUCAGCACAUGUCCAGGAUACUCUGUCAGAAACAGCUCAGCCUGAUCAACGUUGUUCACCACCUUUACCAAACUCAACUCCACAGCCCUCUAUCCCCGAUUCAAGUCCUGUCCCACAUCCGCCUUCAGUUGUUGAAGCAUCGAAAGAAGAAGUAAUUGUACAUCAUGCCAAUAAUCUGCCUGUCAGAGAAUCCAGUGAAGACAGGCAUGUAGUGGACAACAAAUCUCAUUAUAAAUCGAGUGACCCUAGUCGAUUGAAAAAAUUAGAGCCUGCGGUUGUGUUUACUGACAAUGCUAAGUUUGACCAUAAUGUUAGUGGCCUAGAAUUUGGGUUUGGUUUUGAUGACCCUAUUGUAACAAGUGAUGGUGUAAGUGAAAGUGACAGUUUAAGUAUUGAUAUAAAGAAUAGUAAUAACGUGACUAAAGACUUUAGCAAGUGGUUUCAAGCUCCUAAGAAUGAUGUUAUUAGUUAUAACUAUGAAGAGCUUACUAGACAUUUAUCAAAUGAGUGGGACAAGACUGUGCAACUUAUGGUAGGAGACCCGAAAAAUGUCCAGUACUGGAGAGCUUCCAGUAGUAUGGAGGCAUAAGUCUUCAGUUUGUGCCUUGAGAGACAGAUGCCUUUAUGUAAAACCCUUGUGUAUAUGAAGAAGGGUUUUAACUGUGAAGAUCCUCUCUGAAAUUUCUCGAAUGUUAGUCCGUGGAUACGAUGAAAGAAUAUAACAUUUCCAUAUGCUGUAACUUUUACUUCGAAGUGCUAACACAUUAACUGAUUGUUUUGGUAGGAGACCUCUUUGAUAUAUAUUUCUCAGGCCACUAGACAAUGCUGUGUGGGAUGCAUGCCUGUUCUCUUUUGGUCUUGCUCCCUGAGGUCUUCAGUUUUCUUUGUGAUCUCUGCCUCUUACUAUGUUAUUAUCCUUGAAGUGAGAAUGAAUGGCAAAGCUUUAUUAAUUUAAUACAAAACUAAAAGUUUAAGCAUUUUACAGACUCAGGUGAAUUAUUUAUGAGAAGAUGUUUGAACAGCUGUUUGCUUUCCAAGAGUAUGUAUGCAAUAGACUUGAAAUGCCACCUGAUUCGUGACAAGACAUCAGGAAAGACUUUUUUUGCAUACCUCCAAUGUGUGGCGUGUUUGCGGAUAAGUUGUCGUCCAGUCCGUGAUUCCUUAUCAGAAAAAUAAAUAUAAACCAUGAUGUAUCAUUUCUUAGCGAUAUAGAAAAACUUGUGCUCAUUUAAGAAGCAAAUGCAGCAUAUUCUUUUCUGCAUAUUGUGAUAACACGUGCUUGGGGUUUGCUCCCUCAUGAAGUGUCUUUUAAAUCUUCUAGUCUCAAAACUAAUGUAGUGGUAAUAGCUAGAGGAUGCAGCUCACCUGUUCGUCCACAGAGGCAGGACUGACGGGUGGAGAAAUAAUGACUAAGGGGCCAGACUUUAGUGCAAGAAAGCAGCACCCAGUUAUUGUGGAAGUUGCUCUCUUGGAAAUACCCAGGCCCUUUGCAAAAGUGGUAAUUAGUUUGAGGAAACCAGCCUGUUGCUGGUGGAGAUUCCAAGAAUGCGUGCAUCAGUGGUGCCAAGGAGAGGUGAUGGCUUUCUUUGGUUCUGUCAAAGACUUAAAUUACCCGGUUAAUUACUUUUAAGGUUUCGAACAACUUUGCUAAAUCAUUGUCAAUGGUUUUGUGGUAAUAUUCGAUAUACUGUCUAUAACCAAAAUGUUGAAAUUCAGAUCCUGGUGAACAUGAAGCCAAAUUUGGCAUGACCAUAGGAACAGUCUCAUAAGAAAUAUGCAGCGUGGAAUGGCUUAGGAAAAGGUUUGGUAUUCAUGCUAACCAAAGAAGGCAUAUAUUGCUUUUUGGGUGAAGGUAAUGUAGGGGAGAAUUCAGCAUAGAAGCAAAACAAAAGGGUGAUAAUUAUUAACAUAGAAUUGGUAGCUUACCAGACUUUUUCAAUGGCAUAUCAAGCUGUAGUUGAAGUGUUGUGUGUAUGAACAGGGUCCACUGGUGACAUGAUACUUAGGCUGUGUUUAUUGUUGUGCAGAAUUUAAGAAUUCUGCAAUGAUAGGCUCUAACAAUUAUUUGUUUUGAGCCAUUUACUGUAGUUUGUGUACCAGUGAGUAUCUAGUAUGUUAAAUAAUUGUCAACUGUUGAGAAUCAAAAAUGUAUUAAUGCUGAAACAAAAAUGAGCUGGUUUGUGUAAAAUGUGUAUGUGCAUUAUAUCAUUGCAGUGCUCAGGCCCAAAUAUUCGUGUGAAAGUUCCAGAUGUCAGUCAGUCAUGAAAAAUUAUGCCUCAAGACAAUGAAAGAGUUUGAGAAUAAAAUAUACAGGAUAUAUACUGUACUCCGUACAGUAUAUAUGCUGAACUGUAUUCUGGGUCACGCUGCCCACCCAUCAAUACUGUGAAUUAACAAACACUAAUAUGUGCAUAAACCAAAGAUAACAUGAACUUCAGAGUUUGUCCGUUGACAGGUAGCUCUCACUCGAACAGUGCCCUUUUUGUGUCGAAAGGGUGCAGUUGAUAAAUUGGGCUUUCUGUUGGUUUAUGUAUGCGUUGUUAUAUAUAUUUACGUAUAUAUAUACAUGCAUUAAAAAUUUAUACAAUAUAUCUAAGCUUCUGAAUGCAGUGUGUAUGAGUGCAGAGGUUAUGAGUGCAGAGGUAUCUCCUUUUUUAUUUUCUUUUUUUAUGUUAGUCUUUAACUAUACAUCUUUAAUGUCUUUCAGGGAUAAAUUGUACAUGUAUAUAUAUAUUUACAGUAUAAGUUUACAGUGUAUAUAUAUACUGUACAUACAUAGUUGUGUGUGUAUUGGGACUUUCAAGUCUUGAAUUUUUUUUUAUUUUUUUUUUUAUUUUGCAAUGUGCAUGUCAGUACCUUUGAAAGCAAUUUCUGCUGCUCUGAGGGUACCAUGGUAGAAGAUAAUUGCUUUCUUUAGUUCCUGGGUGGCACAGUGCCAAGUAUAUGUGGAAGAUGGCCCUUUAGGUCGUUGUUGUAGAUUACACACACACUCUCUCUCUCUCUCUCUCUCUCUCUCUCUCUCUCUCUCUCUCUCUCUCUCUCUCUCU